UCAAUAAUUGUCAACUGGUGGGGUCAAUUUUAUAUUCUUAUGAAAAGAUUUAGGAAUCAUUAGUCGUUAGUUAGUGAUAACCUUCCCUGUGAUAUAGUCAACUGCCAAGAUACUCGAGAUGGGAAAUCUGCAGUAUUUCUGUCUUGUCGUUAUCCUACAAUGCUGUGCAUUAACUCUAGGUGAGCCUUCUUAUUAUAGAACAUACAGAGUCCUUUCAGGAAAUCCGUCAACUUAUUACGGGAAUCCCUACUACGACCAUCCUUAUCGGUAUGCGAGCAAUAGCGAUGUCUAUAUUACCGACAGAUAUGGAAGAACUUCUCUCCAAUCAGGAGCCAAUUAUAGAGUCAGUUCUAUUACCUCAACAACAUGUACUGCCAGUACGUGUGGACAAAACGCUCAAUGUCAAGUAGUAUCUGGACGGCCUGUAUGUUCGUGUCUUCGAGGCCAUUCUGGUGAUCCACUGUCUUACUGCAAAAGAGAAGAAUGCUUGGAUGACACAGAAUGCAGAGGCCACCUAGCGUGUAGAAAUGGAAAAUGCAUAGACCCAUGUGUAGGAACUUGUGGAGUAAACGCCAACUGUGAAGCUAGAAGAGGAGUACCGAUUUGUACCUGUCCACCGGGUUAUACAGGAAAUCCAAUACAAUCUUGUAGAAGAUUUAACCCUGAGGAACUUUGUCAUCCCAGUCCUUGCGGAGCAAACACUCACUGUGAAGUUAGGAACGAAGUGCCGACUUGCUCCUGUCUUCCUGGAUUCCACGGUUCUCCGACGUCCGGAUGCCGACACGAGUGCGAAAGUGAUGUGGAAUGUGGUCCAAUUCAAGCUUGCAUCGAAUUCAAAUGUCAAAAUCCUUGUUUGAGCCAAUGCGGUAAAAAUGCCGAAUGCGAAACGAUAGCCAAUCACAGAGCUGUCUGUAAAUGUCCUAAGAACUACUUUGGAAAUCCUUACUCAUCUUGCCAACCAGAAUGUUACGGCGACGUUGACUGUCCCAGCUCUAGACCGGCCUGCUUCUAUGGUAUAUGCAAAAGUCCAUGCGAAGGAGCUUGCGGCGUGGGAGCCAAUUGCGAACUCAGAGGACUUACUCCGGUAUGUUCGUGCCCCAGAGAUAUGACUGGUGAUCCUUUCGUACGUUGCAGACCCUUUGAACCAAAAGACUUGUGCGAACCAAAUCCAUGCGGCAGCAAUGCACAUUGCGAACCUGGUUUUGACAGGUCCAACAAUGAACGCCCUGUUUGUACGUGUCCACACGGUUACACAGGGGAUCCACUUAGAGCUUGCUUCAAAGGAGAAUGUACUGAUGACAGCGAAUGUGCUGACAGUCAGGGUUGUAUCGAUUUCAAAUGCCAAAAUCCUUGUGGCAACAAAUGUGGUGUCAACGCUAAUUGUGAUGCUCGUCGCCAUCUUGCUGUAUGUACCUGCCCUACGGGUUAUACUGGUGAUGCCCUUAUCCAGUGUUACCCGAAAACAUAUUCCGAAGCUAGAGGAAGAUCUUUGUACUACAAAUGAAAGGAAUGAAUAUGUAUAUAGUGUUAUUAAAAAAAUUGUUUCAAAUUAAAAUGCCUAAGUUAACUACUAGUUUUUGUAAAAUAGCAAUUUAAUAAAAUUUAAAUAGAAAGUA